AUGUCUGGCAAUGCUUCUCCUUUACCUCAAUUUAUUGAGCAAAUCAUUCAACCAGUGGACAUGGAGCGGUUACUACGGCCCGAGCGGUUUGCUACUGACCCAAACGCCACCAACGCCGCUCAAGAAUGGCGUCACUGGCUCAAGACGUUCCAAAACUUCACUCUAGCAGUAGAAGAAAAUACCCCCACCGUGAACAAGCUGCGUCUCUUAAUAAACUACGUUGCUCCACGCGUGUUCGACUACAUAGCUGACUGCACUACGUAUGAUGCUGCUGAAAAAUCCCUAACAGAACUGUUUGUGAAGCCCAAGAAUGAAGUAUUCGCAAGGUAUGUGCUUGCAACACGACGCCAAGAACCCGGUGAGUCGCUUAACCGGUUUCUUCAAGCAUUAAAGUUAUUAGCUAAAGAUUGCCAGUUCAAAGCAGUGACUGCUGUAGAAGCUAGUGAUAACUAUGUGAGAGAUGCUUUCAUUAAUGGGCUACGUUCUGCCACAAUAAGGCAGCGCUUACUUGAAAAUAAAACUUUAGACUUACAGUCAGCCUUUGACCAGGCUCACACUCUAGAAACGGCACAGAAACUUUCUGCCUCUUAUGCUCAGUCAGGGGCUACAAACGCUGCCUUGGCACUCUCAUUAGACUUGGAGGACUCAGGAGGACAAGAAAGUGUAGAAGAAAAAGUUGACACAGUUUCUGCAGCUACAACUAGUGGAUUAAAGUGCAUCUUUUGUGGUCACACUCGACAUCCUCGCAGUCGAUGUCCAGCUAGAGAGGCUCUGUGUAUGAAUUGCAAGAAAAAGGGUCAUUAUGCUAAGGUCUGCCGAUCUCUGAAAUAG